UCGGCGCAAGAACCCUAAUUUCCUUCACUAAACGUGGGCAGCACUGAUUUAAGAGAUCGGAGCCCUAUUUUCUCAACUUUGAAUCGAUUUUCCAAAUUGAAGAGGAAAGAGAAGUUCUCCCUCAGUACCUGUAAGGUGUUGGCUUUCAAUAGAUUGCAAUUAGUUUUUCGGGGAACUUUGACGCUGUAGGGUUUAUUUGUCUUUUAUAAAAGAAUCAUUUGAGCACAUACAUAGAACAUGUCAAGUAAGAAGGAGGAGAAAUCUCAGGCUGCAGCUGAAAGAAUCAAGGCUGCAGCUUUGAGUGCUGCUAAAGGUCUGAGUCGUGCUCAGGCCGAAAGGGCAGCAACUGCGGCUGCACGAAAUGUGAAUGCUUAUGGUCAGAAGGAAGAAGGGCCUAGCAGAUGGCAGGAGAAAAGGGAAGCAAAGAGGCAGAUGUAUUUGAUGAGUACUGAGAAAGCUGUAAAAUUGGGUGAAAGAAAAGACCUUAAGCCUACAAUGUCAACUAUGGGUGGCACAGCACAGUGCCAAAAGUGUUUCCAAAGUGGCCACUGGACAUAUGAAUGCAAGAAUGAACGGGUUUACAUUUCGAGGCCAUCCAGGACGCAGCAACUUAAAAAUCCUAAAUUGAGGGUGAAUGUGUCUGUGACUUAUGAUUUGGAUGAUAAUAACACAGAUGCUAAGGAGGAAAAGGCUAAAGUGAGUUCCAAAAAAACCAAAAGGAAGCAUCGGUCUGACUCUGAUUCUGGUAGUGACAGUGAGGAUUCAGUUUUUGAGACUGAUAGUGGCAGUGGGUCAUCAUCAGUUACAGGAUCCGAUUAUUCUUCAGAAAGUAGUUCUUCAUCAUCUGAUUCAGAGGAAGAAAGAAGACGGAAGAGGAAGAAGAAGCAGAAGAAGAGUGGAAGACGCAGGAGGUACAGUACAUCAUCAGAAUCUUCUGAUUCAGAUUCUGUUUCAGACUCUGAUUCUGAAGAUAGAAGCAGCCGGAGAAAGAGGAGGCAUAAUCGAAGACGCUGAGAUAGACUGACGAAUGUGUGGAUGGGGAUCAGCUAAGAGUUUGGUGAGUGGGUGACAGGGGAGAUCAAUCAUCAAUUCCACAGAUAAAAUCAUCAAGUUUUCGGCAGUUAUAGUGCUUAUUGUGAUAUGGGUAAUGCAGAAUAAGCUUUGCUAGAUGCUUGGCUUGUAUUUCUUUUCUUUAACUACUUUGUUAUCCUGAAGAUACUCAGAAGUUAGAUUUGAUCUUUCACGUUUAACGUGCUUAAUGUUUUGUGAGAUGUUUAAGCAGUUGGAUGGUUUUUGUAAUUGAUGCAAGAGUCAAAUUAUCUCAUUUACAACUGAAUGGUUUAAGUUUAUUGUAAUUGGGUUGGUUCUUGUAUAUUCCCUAUUUCUGAGGGAUUUCCUGCGUUUACAUGACAUUAAAUUAGUUGCUCUUGAGCUUAUUGCAUACAUCAGUGGCA